AUGACGUCUCAACGCUUCGGUUCUGCCGGCUUGACAACACACAUGUUGCGACAUCAGUUGCACAGAAACCGGCCCAAUCACCGUGGGCGUGACAGCGAGCAAAGCGAGAGUGUACACGGAGAGUCAGCGACACGCAUCUGUCGGGCCAAGUUGCGGUUGGACGAGCCGACCAACGAGACUCCUCCAGACCCUAGGCUUAUUGCAGAUUCCGCGUCUGGCCAUACCAGACAGACCGGACGAGGCGAUAUCUGCAGGCCAGGGCAGACGUCCACCAGCCGGACGCCGGAAUUGUCCGCGGCGGCAGAUGCGUCGUCUCAAAAAGCGGACAGAAGAGUGUCGCUUUUCGCUCCAGAACUUCGUCGAUAG